AUGGAGAUGUUUGACGAAGCUCAAGAUGCACUUAUCCCAGAUUGCAGACCCGACAUGAAGCCUUACAUUGGCCAGGUGUUUGAAACUUUGGACGAAGGAAUUUCAUUUUAUGAAGCAUACGCCAACGAAUGCCGUUUUGAUACUCGUAGAUUCGGACACAAAUACUCGAACGACAUCAAAACCUGGCAGACUAUUUAUUCGACCGAUCCUGGCAGUCCUUGCUAUGUUGUCAGCAACUUUGUAGACCUACAUAAUCACGAGAUGGUUGAUAAAAAGCACGUCCGAUACAUGAAAUCCAACCGCAACCUUGGGGAUAUCCAUUAUAAAUUCAUGCAGGACUGCUCAAAGGCCAACAUUGGACCUACAAGGACUUUCAAUUUAUUGAAGGAGUUCUUGGGUGGGUACGAUGCGGUGGGUUGCACCGUUACUGACAUACGGAAUUGCAAGCGCGACAUAUUGCAAGAGAUGAAAGGCGCUGACGUCCAAAUGAUUUUAAAUCAAAUGGAGGUGAAGAAGAACACGUGUGAUGGUUUCCAUUACAAAUUCCAACAAGGUACUGAUGGAAAGUUAAAAAGCCUUUUUUGGUGUGACGCUGUGUCGAGAAAGAACUACACAAUGUUCGGUGACAUUGUGUCAUUUGACACUACCUACUCAACAAACAAGUAUUGCAUGGUGUUUGGGCCAUUCACUGGAAAAGACAACCACGGAUGCCCUGUUACGUUUGGUACCGGAUUCGUGUCAAAUGAGGGAGCUGACUCAUUUUCUUGGUUGCUGAGUGAGUUUGUCGAUUGUAUGGGUUUCGCACCUAAGUUGAUAAUUACCGACCAGGAUUGGGGCAUGAAACUUGCUAUAGAACGGGUUCUAACUAGUACCAGGCAUCGUUGGUGCAUGUGGCACAUAAUGAUGAAGCUUUCUGAAAAGGUUCCCAAAAGAAUACUUCCCAACGAAGAGUUGAAGAAGGAUUUGGACUCUUGCAUAUGGUCUGAAUUGUUGGAGCCAGAGGAAUUUGAAGAAACUUGGCUGAAUAUUGUCGACCAAUAUGGUUUACAAAAUGAAGCUUGGUUCACAACCGUCAGUCAAUGA